AUGUCUACACGAGCCUCCAUCUUCUUCUUCUCCUUUGCAACGAUCAAAGCUGUGGACGAUCAUUCUGGGUUAUGGAUCCCUUGGAACCCAUUCCAUGUAUUUUUCAGAAACAAUAGUGGUUACCAUGCUCUUCACCAUCAGCCUCAUGGAACCAAGUAUAACUUCUCUCAGCCCUUCUUUGUGUUUUGGGAUAUAAUACUUGCCACCUACUAUAUGCCACAAGUUGAUCAUAAAAACGAGGACAAGCAAAAAUAA